AUGGUGGUAAAGAGUAAACAGGAAGCACGACAUGUAGAAGAUCUUCGGGAAGUGUUUGAAGUACUUCGGCAACAUAAGUUGCGCCUAAAUGCUAAGAAGUGCACUUUUGGUGUGGGGGCCGGUAAGUUCCCGGGGUAUCUGAUCACCAAUCAGGGAAUAGAGGCCAACCUCGAUCAGAUCGAAGCCAUGGAUCGUCUCAGGCCGCCGAGCAGUCCAAAAGAAGUGCAAGCACUGAUUGGGAUGUUAGCUGCGCUUAACCGGUUCAUUUCCAAAUUUGCUGACCGCUGUAAACCGUUCUAUCAGCUUUUGAAGAAGUGGAAGGGAUUUCAAUGGAAUGAGGAGUGCGACAGGGCCUUUCGUGAUUUGAAGGAUUAUUUGAUGCAAGCACCCAUGUUAAUGGCCCCGGAUUCUGGGGAGGAUUUAUUCAUGUACCUCUCAGUAUCCGACCAUGCCAUUAGCACUGUGCUGUUAAGAGACCAAGGAAUACAACAACCAUUGUAUUACAUCAGCAAAACCCUGGUCGAUGCCGAGAUAAGAUACCUACCCGUAGAGAAGCUAGUGUUAGCCUUGGUGCACGCUACGAGAAAGCUGCCGCAUUAUUUUCAGGCUCAUACUAUGUUUGUACUAACCGAAUAUCCAUUACAGCCAUUGUUGAAGAGGUCGGACUUCAUGGGUCGAAUUGCCAAAUGGGGGACCUGGCUAGGUUCCUUUGACAUACGAUUGGGAUUUAAAGCCUUUAAUAAUGAGGUCGAGUAUGAGGCCUUCCUUGCCGGGUUGAGGACCGUUUUAUGCCUGGGUGCUCGGGAUGUAGAAAUUUACUCUGAUUCUCGGCUGGUUGUUUAUCAAGUCCAAGGUAGCUUUGAAGCUCGGCAUUCUCAGAUGAAAGCCUAUUUGCAGGCAGUAAAACAAAUUAUUAGCAAGUUCUGUACGGUGAAGGUGGCCCAAGUUGGCCGGGCACAGAACAGACACGCCGACUCACUUGCCACGUCAGCCUCAUCAAUGUCCGAGGAAGUUCCUCGGCUUAUCAAAGUAGAGCUUAUAAGGGAGCUAAGUAUUAGUAUGACAGAUAACGCCAUUAUUGCCGGGGUCAACAUCGCCGUGAUUUCAGCAACCGGGCCAUGUUGGAUGGACUCAUUCAUUAACUUCUUGGCAGAAGAUCGAGUUCCGGACGAUGAAAUAGAGGCCAAAAAAAUCCGGCAACUGGCUUCCUGGUAUUGGUUGCCAGCAAAUCGCCAGUUAUACCGGAGGUCUUUUGAAGGACCAUACCUUUCAUGCUUGCACCUUGAGAAAAAAGACGUAGCCGAAUAUGUGCGUAAAUGUGAGCAAUGCCAAAAACAAGCUCCCCUGAUUCACCAGCCAACAGGUCAUUUGAAUCCUUGGGUAGAAGCCGAGGCUUUAGCUAAUAUCCGGGAUGUAGACGUCAUGAAAUUUGUGUGGAAAAACAUAGUCACUAGAUUUGGGGUGCCGGACUCGCUGAUAUCAGACAACGGGCUACAGUUUGACAGCAAAGUUUUUCGCGCCUUUUGUAGCGAUCUCGGCAUCAAAAAUAGGUAUUCCACUCCGGCGUAUCCGCAGAGCAACGGCCAAGCUGAAGCAACCAACAAGGCAAUCCUGAACGGGUUAAAGAGAAGAUUGGAAGGGGCAAAGGGAAGGUGGGCAAAGGAGCUACCUAGUGUUUUGUGGGCUUACCGUACAACCCCCAGAAGGUCCACAGGGGAGACUUCGUUCUCCUUAACAUAUGGAGCAGAAGCCGUGAUAUCGGUCGAGGUGGACUUAUGCAGUGCACGAGUUGCAGGAUUUGAUCCCAUCCAAAACAAGGAGUUAAUGGUGGAAUGCUUGGAUUGGUUGGAAGAGUGCCGAGAAGCAGCAACUAUACGGUUGGCGGAAUAUUAG